GCCUUUUGUGGCAGAUGAAUACAUUGAACGCCUGGCAUGGAGAACACCUGGAGGAGGUUCCAGAGGUGGAGAAGCUUUUGAUCCGAAAAGAUUAUUGGAAGAAUUUGUAAAUCAUAUCCAAGAAUUACAGGUAAUGGAUGAAAGGAUUCAGAGAAAGGUGGAGAAGCUAGAACAGCAAUGCCAGAAGGAAGCAAAGGAAUUUGCCAAGAAAGUACAAGAGCUGCAGAAAAGCAACCAGGUUGCCUUCCAACAUUUCCAGGAACUAGAUGAGCACAUCAGCUAUGUAGCAACUAAGGUCUGUCACCUUGGUGACCAACUGGAGGGGGUAAACACGCCGCGGCAACGGGCUGUGGAGGCUCAGAAACUGAUGAAAUACUUUAAUGAGUUUCUGGAUGGAGAGCUGAAGUCUGAUGUUUUUACAGACUCUGAAAAGAUUAAAGAGGCAGCUGAUAUUAUUCAGAAACUACAUUUGAUUGCACAGGAGCUGCCUUUUGACAGGUUUUCUGAAGUAAAAUCAAAGAUAGCAAGUAAAUACCAUGAUUUAGAGUGCCAGCUAAUUCAAGAGUUUACCAGUGCACAGCGAAGAGGUGAAAUCUCCAGAAUGAGAGAAGUAGCAGCAGUUUUGCUUCACUUUAAGGGCUAUUCCCAUUGCGUUGAUGUGUACAUAAAACAGUGUCAAGAGGGUGCAUUCCUGAGGAAUGACGUCUUUGAAGAUGCAGCCAUUCUCUGCCAGCGAGUGAAUAAGCAAGUUGGAGAAGUCUUUAGUAAUCCAGAGACUGUGCUAGCCAAACUCAUUCAAAAUAUUUUUGAAGUUAAACUUCAGAGUUAUGUAAAGGACCAGCUAGAAGAACACAGGAAAUCAGAUGCAGAACAGUAUCUUAAGAAUCUCUAUGAUCUAUAUACAAGAACUACUAAUCUGUCAAGCAAAUUGAUGGAAUUUAACUUGGGUACUGAUAAGCAGACUUUCUUGUCUAAGCUUAUCAAAUCCAUUUUCAUUUCCUACUUGGAGAAUUACAUUGAGGUGGAAAUCGGUUACUUGAAAAGUAGGAGUGCAAUGAUUCUGCAACGCUAUUAUGAUUCCAAAAACCACCAGAAGAGGUCCAUUGGCACUGGAGGGAUCCAGAUCCACAAAAGGACUGAAGCAAAAUUAAGCAUUCAAGACCUCAAAGAGAGGAUAAGGCAGCGCACAAACUUACCCUUGGGGCCAAGUAUUGACACACACGGAGAAACUUUUCUGUCGCAGGAAGUGGUGGUUAACCUCUUGCAAGAAACUAAACAAGCUUUUGAAAGAUGUCACAGGCUUUCUGAUCCAUCAGACUUACCCAAGAAUGCUUUCAGAAUUUUUUCCAUGCUUGUGGAGUUCUUAUGUACAGAGCACAUCGAUUAUGCGUUAGAAACAGGCCUUGCUGGUAUUCCCUCCUCUGAUUCAAAGAACGCAAAUCUUUAUUUCUUGGAUGUUGUCCACCAGGCCAAUACUAUUUUCCAUUUAUUUGACAAGCAGUUCAAUGAUCAUCUGAUGCCAUUGAUCAGUUCUUCUCCUAAACUAUCUGAAUGCCUUCAGAAGAAAAAGGAUAUCAUAGAACAAAUGGAAGUCAAGCUGGAUAUGGGCAUUGAUAGGACCCUGAAUUGUAUGAUUGGACAGAUGAAGCAUAUCUUGGCUGCAGAGCAAAAGAAGACAGAUUUUAAACCAGAGGAUGAAAACAAUGUUUUGAUUCAAUAUACUAAUGCUUGCGUUAAAGUGUGUGGCUACGUUAGAAAGCAGGUGGAAAAGAUCAGAAAUUCUAUGGAUGGGAAGAACGUGGACACAGUUUUGAUGGAGCUGGGAGUUCGUUUUCAUCGACUUAUCUAUGAGCACCUACAGCAAUAUUCCUACAGUUGCAUGGGAGGCAUGUUGGCUAUUUGCGACGUGGCUGAAUACAGGAAGUGUGCCAAAGACUUCAAGAUUGCGCUGGUGUUACAGCUCUUUGAUACCUUGCAUGCACUUUGCAAUCUUCUGGUUGUAGCCCCGGAUAAUUUAAAGCAAGUUUGCUCAGGAGAACAACUUGCUAACCUGGACAAGAACAUCCUUCACUCUUUUGUUCAGCUGCGUGUUGAUUAUAGGUCUGCUCGUCUUGCUCGUCACUUCAGCUGAGAGCGUGGAAAAGGAAAUGUACCUUUGGGCAGGCCUCAGUUAGAAAGCACAGGAAAUGAUUUCUUACCGAACCAUGGUUGUAACUUUAGUGAGAUAGCGACUGUUCAGAAUAAAGCAGCAGCCAUAUUUAAACAUGACUGUGUAGGAGGCAAGCAGGUAAAAAUCUGAACGCUAUUAAAUGUAAGCUAAAACUCUCCUG